UGAAAUGAAGCUCAAUUGGAUUUUGUUCUUCUUCAUUUUACUUGUAGUAGCUGAUGUAACUACUGCAAAAGGAAAGUCUAGUGGUGGAGGGAAAAAGCCAAAGCCAAGGCCAAUACCAAGACCAAGACCAAGAACGUCUUCUGAUGGAAUAAAACUCGGAGGAAAACUUGAAGGACAUAUCCAUAUCCCAGGAAAAUGAGUUGCUGAGGAAUUGAAUAUACUUUCAAGGGAAUGACGAACUUAUAAACUUUUUGAGUAUAAUAAACUGUUCGAAUUUUAAA